UGGCGGUCCAACGUUUGAGAACAGUCAUCUGAUUGGUUUUUCAUGUGAUAAACGCGCUCUUUUGAACGUCCCUCAAAUGCUGGGUGCUGGUUGGCUUGUUGGGUUUGCCCUAACAAAAUUAAGGAUUCUGAAUUUGACUUCGUCGUGUACGAAGGUUGCGGGUGCAAAUGAAAUUUCGAUCUUUAGAUCGUCACCAGCUACAAGAUUAACUAGUCAUGUUAGCAAAGCUAUGACUACUAAAUCUUCAAAGCCUCCGAACAUCCUUAUAUAUACUGGAAAUUCGGACACAGAAGGCAGGAGGUUCACUGAAGUUAAGAAGGCACUGUCACAAGUGAUAAAUCUGCAUAGCUACGUAAUGUACAGGAUUUAUGAACAACAGAUCACCACCCAUCCAUGGGUCGAAAACACUGCCCUUUUGGUUCUUGGAAAUAGUGACUCAAUGUCAUCAAAAGUUCGACAAGUGUUUGUGAAGUAUCUUGAAAGUGGAGGACAGAUUCUAAGCUUGUGCAGUCCAUUUAUGUGUCAAGUUGUCAAAAAGCCCCUGGAUAAACACCUGAAGCCUUUCAUUGGAUCCUUUCGAGUAAAUCAAGAGGUGCUCCCUGAUGCAAUACAGGAUUUCUCUGCACUUUGUCAGCCAUAUUAUUUUGAAGGAGAGAAAGCAAAGAUUGUUGCAGAAGAGGAAACUUCAAGAAAACCAGUUGUCAUUCAGAUCUCUGAAGGUUCUGGUAAUGCUCUGUUUAGCCUUGUUCAUUUUGAGUCAUUCACUGAUUAUGGAAAAUUACAUGGUCAAGAGCAAGAUGCCGGAAGGAAGAUGCUAGUGCAUAUUCUAAAACUAUUAGGAAUUAGCUGUCAGCCUCUGGAAGUGCCAGAACUGACCCCACUAUACCUUCUUGCAAAUGAGCAGGAUAAAAAAAGACUUAUGCAGUCUUUAAGAUCAUCACUGGAGGAAGGUAUCUGUAAAGGAAACCAGCUGUCACUGCACUUUGGGGCAAGUGAUGAAAUGUAUAUUCCAAAUGCUACAGAGGAGAAAUUACCUGUUAUUUGUCAAGGGGAAAACUCCAAGGCUGUUACUUUUAAUUGGAGCACCUACCAGAAAUGCUUAAGUACUAAAGUUUUGGGAAAAGUGGUCUUGUACACUGAUAUAAUCACAUCCACACAAACAGUCUUUGAUGGGAAUUAUACCUUUACUUCAAAUAUCCCUGAGGAUCUGGGGAUAGUUGUUAUUGCAGGACAACAAGUGAAAGGCCAGGGCCGAGGUGGAAACGUGUGGCUGUCUCCAUCUGGUUGCUUAAUGUUUUCCCUUCAUGUUAGAAUUCCAUUUGCAUCCAACCUUGGCAGAAGACUACCCUAUCUACAGCACAUUGCUUCAUUGGCUGCUGUGGAAGCAAUCACAUCUCAACCAGGAUAUGAAGAUAUCAACAUCCGCCUCAAGUGGCCAAAUGAUGUUUAUUAUGGUCAAAAGAUUAAAAUUGGAGGUGUUAUUGUGACAUCAUCAGCAAAAGAUAACAUUCUAAGUGCUGUGAUGGGUAUGGGAAUUAAUAUCAGCAACACAAAGCCUACCAUCAGUGUAAAUGAAAUUAUUUCUCUGCAUAAUAGUGAACAUGGGACUAACCUUAAACAGCUGACAACGGAAGAGAUGUUGGCAAGAACAGUCAAUAAAAUAGAAACCCUUUUUGAGGACUUUCAGGAAAAUGGUUCUGCACCAUUUUUGAAAAAAUACUACAACCGCUGGCUUCAUAGUGAAGUGACUGUUAACCUGUCAGCGAAUGAAGACAAGAAGGAAGUGGUGAUAAAAGGACUCGAUGAAUUUGGUUUCCUAUUGGUGCAAACCAAGUCUGGCGAAUCAUUAUCAGUACAGCCAGAUGGAAACACUUUUGACAUGCUGAAAAAUCUAAUUGCGAUAAAAAAUAGCUAGCAACAUAAAAUUUAAUGAACUCUAGGUUUUUACU